GUGUCAUAUUUGCUUCACAAAACAUACCAUAUCAGAUUUUGUAGGAUAUUUAUUUCUAGACAUAAUCAGAGGAGGGUAAAAAUUCGCUGCCUAGCUAAACCUAACCCCUAGCCGAAACCCUAGUAACAACCUUUCCUUUUCCGGCAACAAUGGCCGUCACAGCCGAGGGUGCCCAGUUAUCUUUGACACCAUUGUAACGUUCAUAAUUCUCUACUCUGAUGUCCUAUCGACGAGCGAUUUGUUGCAUUGGAAAUUAGACUCGGUGAACUUCAUUUUAGGCUUUUGAUAUACCUUAAAAUUCCUUAUAUACCUGGAGAUAUACCCCUCCAAAAUUGACCCAAAUUCUGUCCUUAAUUCUGCCAACUUUUUUCAAAUUUUCGACAAACUUAUUUUCUUUGAUUUGGUUGAUCCUGGAAUCUUCCAGAACUCCCCCUACAUGCUAUUUAUCAUUUAUUAUACUUGAUAAUGGUCAUGUUCUCGUCUUUCAAGGUUGUCCUUCCCGAUUACGACUUACGAGAUCGUAAUUCAUCUUUUACUCCAUUGUUACGUACUUUUCAUGGCUUGUACCUUCCAAAACUUUAUGGGAUGCCUCCGAUACUUCAUAGCUACGGUGAAAUAUGUGGUAUGCUCAUGCUCUGAAAGUGCAGGGUGUAACAAAAAAGGCCAUGGCCAGUCUAUGGGUCUAAAUUUUCAUAAUUUAUCGGGUCUUUGUUCAUUGACCACGCUGGAUAUUAGUGACUGCAACAUUUCAGACGGAAGCAUUUUAUGUAAUUUUGGGUUCUUACCGUCUUUGGUGAGAUUGAAUCUUGAAGGAAAUGAUUUUUCCAAUAUUCCAGCUGCAAGCAUCAGUCGUCUCAUUCGACUUGAAUUCCUUGCAUUGGGUGGUUGUAAGAGGCUGGAGAGUUUUCCAGAACCUACUGCAAAUAUACUAGAGAUAUAUGCUGAUGAAUGCACAUCUUUGAAGAGCAUUGAUCAAUUAACCAAAUAUCCAAGGCUGCAUAGAGUUUCACUCACAAAAUGUCAUCAACUUCUAAAAAAUAAAUGUCACGCCUCCAUGCUUGAUUCGCUGUUGAAGCACAUGCUCAAGGGACUAUCGAUAACGAAAUGCAGAUUUAGUAUUUUCCUCCCUGGUGUGAGUGGUUUACGUACAAUAACUCGGGGACUGAUUCAAUCUCAGUGCCCCUGCCCAAAGAAUGGCAGACACCCACAUUCAUGGGUAUUGCUAUCUGUGCUGUUUUUGAUAUUAUAACUCCUUCAAUUUUUAAUAAUAUUACGAUCAUGAAAACGUUCCAAGAACUCGCAAUGCAGUGUAGGCUCACAAGCCAUGAUGGCUCAUGCAGCCGAUUCAGAUCUUGUUUCGGUUGGAUAGGAAGCGAAAAACCUCAAGAUUUAGGCAACAUUUUUCUAGGCUAUGUGUCAAUUGAUUGUGAUUUGUUGAAGGUACUCAAGGAUUUGCUUUUGAAUCCUAAGAACUGGAGUCAGUUUGAGUUUGGUGUAUAUGAUAUUAAUAAGAUUAUGCUGAUCAAAGGUUUGGGGCUGGGUUUUGUGUACGAGAAUGAUAUCAAUGAUCCAAAAUGAGAUGGACAACACUUCUAAAGUUUUAUAAUACGUGAAUUUUGUUCCUACUGUUUCAUUGUUUUCAUUUU